GGCGCAUUCAUCUUUUGCCGUUUGUUGUGAGUGUCACGACUGACAGAUGAUUACCUAAAAAAAACAAUACAUAACCUAAAGAUGUGGCUUGUCCAUGAGCGUCAAAUUUGAAUUAUUCAGUUUUGGUUACUCAUUAUUUACGUAGCAGUAGCAGAAUUCAAUCAUACGAUGUGGCUGAAAGGCGUACUUUCAACUAUGCGCUUUAAGUUUUGUUAUAAUGCUUUCUGAAAAUUACACUACACCAACUGCUAUCACGACCACUGAAGCACCCUAUGUCCCUGAUGAUGCAAAAUACCUCAUAGCACCAUUGGUGGUAAUGGUACUGGUGAUGAUACUAUCAAUUUUGGUGUAUCUAAUGGCCAGACGUAGAAGAAUGAUAUCAUUGAGGAGAAAUAUCUUAAGCCUGUAUGAUUUCGACUCACAUGAGCAAGAAUGGGAGUCUUUAACAAAUAGCAAUGAGUAUCCAACCUAUACCAAUGACCAUGUUACAACAAGGCUUUGAAUUCCUUGAAUAACCAUGAUGUUAAAUGGGCAUAAGUGAAUAGGUAGCUUCAUUUAGAUAUGGUAGUUAAACUAUCUGUAAAUAUAUAAAUACUGUUGUCUGUUGUAUAAAAGGUGUAUCUAUUUACAUUUUUUAUCUCACAAAAUAUGUACAUUGUUGUGGGUGUAAUAGAUUUAUUGAUACAACUGUUUUGCAUUGUGCAUAAUAGGACUGUUGUGGAUAUUUGAUUUAAAUUAAUAUGAAUAUGAAGUGUAUGUGUGAAAAUAUAUUUAGUGAAGCAAUUCUUACUUUGAUAAUAAUGCCUGGUAAUGCUGUUUUAACUCGAUCACUGUUGGUUUUAAUUAGAAAAAAAAACAUGGAAGAUGGAUAGCAGUAAUAUUACAAUAUUUAUGUGGAACAUUAGCUGC